UUCGUUUUAAAACGCCGGGUUUCGGGGGAAAGGGCGGUAACUCUCCGCCCUUCGACUCCCAGAGAGGAAAGACAGAUAAAGCUCCAGAGUCCCAAAAUAAAUAUCCUCUUUCCUUCGCAAGAAUCCUUCAUUAUGAGCUCCGAUCUUGUUCUUGUUUCACCGUCUUCUUUCGCUCCACGAGCCAAACCCUAAGAUUCGCCCGGAGGAGGUCGUGGCAGCGAUCGCUCCUCCCUUGGGACUUCAAGAUCAAGAAGAGAGAUUGAUUUGGAAGGCCAAUGUUCCAUAGUGUCUCAGGAUUGUUGGUUGUAGGGAGCUAGGGAUUGAAACGGUUGUUAGCAAAGUCAGGGUGGAGGUAACAUUGUGGUUAUAAUAUCGUAUAUCUUUGGAUUCAGGAACAAUAAAUAUUUUGCUAUUUCAUAUUCAAAGCUGAUAGCUGUUCGCAAAAAUUUUAUUUAUAAGAUCCAGUGGUGGGAUUCACGUGAAGGGUGUGAUCCUAGGGUGACUGAGUUACCAUGAUGACUGGUGGGAAACAGCCUAAAACAACUAUAGGGGCGCAUAGGAAAAACGGACUUGGCUGCACCAAAUCCGUUACUACAAAAACUGCCAAGCAGCGGCAGAAAACAACGGGGGAAAAAAAUUCUCCAGAACAACCAUCCCCUCUGCAAACCAAGGUUAUGCAGACUAGCCUCCAGGAAACAACACCUGGAAGUUCUAGGCUUGCAUCAAAACAAUGUCUACAAUGCAGUGAGAAGCUUAAGAUGCAGCUCUUUCCAAUAGAUGAAGUUACUAGAAAAGGGGUGGAGCAGGGUCAACAUAACCCUUACCUGGAACUUAUUAUAACAACUCGAAAGAAAAUAUCAUCAGUGGUGAAGCACCUUAAUGUCAAGUGGGGCAGUUCAAAAUUUGCAUCAGGAGAGCUAAUGCUCUUUCCAUACAACGCACAGAUAGACACUCUAGCCAGUCACCGAAGAUGGACAAUAAAAGAUUCUGAUACCACUGCAGCUGCUGUGUAUGCUUCCAUUGGUAAACCUGCCAUUUUCCGUUUGAGAUAUGGCUGGUUUUCCAAUUCCGAGCCAACAACUGGUGGGAUACAUCUGACUCCUCUCCAUUCUGAAGACAAUUUACAGACUAAAGAAAUUUUGCCUAUGAAUAUAACUGAGGCGAAAGCGCCUCCGUAUCCUGUAUCAAGCAUGGAAAAUGAGCCAGUGGAUACUGAUAACUCAUUAAACCAAGUCCCUGUUGCAGCCCUUGUGUUGGAUAAAUCAGUUCAAGCGGUGAAGGAAAAUCUUGGUAAAAGUGACGUGCUUUCAUGGGCUGAUUGUCAAUGUAACAUAAGCGUUGGAGCUCUGCUAUCUGAAGCAUCACCAACUUCAGAUGCAAACUUUUGCCAUCCAUUGCCUGCACAGAAGAACUCAAGUCUUCAGCAGAAUCCAAUUACCUGUGAUUCAUUUGAUGCUGCUCUUGCUUCCCUUGUUGCCUGUCAUCAAACCACAAAUCAGUCCACACAGGUGCCCCGUUCAUCCAUUUGGGAUGCUGAAGAAACACGUCAUGCGUUUCCAUUUCAUAAGAUCACUCCUAACAAUAAUGAUCCAGCUUCAUCCAAAGAUGCUCUUAUGCCUACAUGUAUCGGUUCAAAUUCAAUGGGACUUAAUGAUAUGCUAGGCACUCGGGUGGGGCAUGCAUCAGCAGAUCAUGUUUGUCAAGAACCUGCGACCAAUCGGCAGAUCCACACAAACAGUGAUGCAAUUCCAGAACCUGCGGCGGGCUUGCAGCCCAAUGCCCAGGAUAAUGCUAAUAAAGAAUCAAUAAAAAGUUCAGAGCCUCAAAUAGAAGCUUUACGCAACAGUGAUUUUGGGAGAGUGGACAUCUACUGGCCUGAGUCCUUGGGUACACUGGAAUACAUAGCAACUUGCUCUAGGCAGAUCAACAGUGGUGACACUCUUAAUCUUGGUGCGUCAUUUGAUACAAGUCUUGAUUCAUUCCAGAACUUCUCUAUUUUUUGAUACAGAGAAGAUGCCAUGUUUCUGAAGCUGCCUCAUAGGUUGGUUCCUCUUUGUGCAGAAAUUUCAAGUAGUUAAGGCCAUAUAUCUGUUUCUUUGUUAGAUUCACAUGGUUCAGCUUCUGAAAGAAAGUGCAAGUUGUAUAAGGAGUGUUAAUAUAAAGUGACCUGGUGACAUUUUCUCAGUUUUUAAUGCAACCAUAAAACAGCAACAUUUUAAGUUGGGUGCAAUUAUGGUAUUGUUCCGAUUGUUAUUAUGUUC